AUGGCAACAGCCAAGAGUCUUCCUGAGAUCAUGCAUGCUCUGAAGAUGACCUACCAUGCCCAGUGUUUCAUGUGUGCUGCGUGUAAGAGCCCCAUCAGAAACCAGGCCUUCUAUAUGGAGGAGGGAGAACCUUACUGUGAGAGAGAUUAUGAGAAGAUGUUUGGUACUAAGUGUCAUGGCUGUGACUUUAAGAUCGAUGCUGGGGACCGCUUCCUAGAGGCCUUGGGAUACAGUUGGCACGACACCUGCUUCGUCUGCGCUUUCUGCCAGAUCAACCUGGAAGGAAAGACCUUCUACUCUAAGAAGGAUAAGCCGCUGUGUAAAGGCCAUGCCUUCACUCCCGUCUGAGAGGGAGAGAGGUGGUUCAGACAGGAGACCUUCACUAUUCUCUGAACCCUGAAGACCUGUAGAGUGCCAGUUAAUCGCCACUCCACUGCAAACCAGACAGCAUCAGAUCCUCACUUAUCGCUCAGCUACAGAUAGAUUCAGCUGUACCUCAUCCUUCAACUUCUAUCCUUGGACUUUCCAAAUGCAUCCCGUACUGGCUCCCUUCACUAAGAGCUAAAGGAAUGUAAAUGUUAACCUUUCUGACCUUAACCGCCUAGUUUCUCUACUGUUGUUACUCAUAGCAGGUUACUCUAGCAUCAAAUGUAAUGGUAUAACGAAGUGAGACAUUUUUAGUAUUGUGUGUAGUGUUAUUACAAACGGAGUCAUUUCAAGCCUUAGCUUCUCUAACUCUAUGUAUUGUCAGUGAUAUAUAUAUAUAUAUAUAUGUCAUUCUUCCCUCUGUGAUGGUGGUUAUCACCACCUGUUGUUCACAGGUCUUCCUGUACUCCAGUGUGCGAUGGUCAACUGUGUUUGGGAAAUGCCUAUUAGUCUGGUGAAAUGUCAGGCUCAGCCCCGUCUGAUCUCAACCUCGUUCAUUUCACUUUUAAGUGCCUUUUUAUUUUUUUAACGUUGAACCAACUGUUUAGUGUGUCAUUUUCUGAGAUGUGUUACAUUUAACUGUCGCUGCACCACCGUCCUCAUUUACAGUCUCUGGUCCGUUCGACAACCCUUACAAUUACUGAAGGUAAUGUACGGGGCAACCUUACUGCAGUACUUCAGGUGAUUUUAACGGGGAUCCUUACUGCAGUACUUAAGGAGAUUUUAAUGGGGACCCUUACUGCAGUACUUAAGGUGAUUUUAAUGGGGACCCUUACUGCAGUACUUAAGGUAAUGUACGGGGCAACCUUACUGCAGUACUUCAGGUGAUUUUAACGGGGAUCCUUACUGCAGUACUUAAGGAGAUUUUAAUGGGGACCCUUACUGCAGUACUUAAGGUGAUUUUAAUGGGGAUCCUUACUGCAGUACUUAAGGUAAUGUACGGGGCAACCUUACUGCAGUACUUAAGGUAAUGCAGUACUUAAGGUACUGCAGUACUUAAGGUAAUGUACGGGGCAAACUUACUCCAGUACUUAAGGUGAUUUUAAUGGGGAUCCUUACUGCAGUACUUAAGGUGAUUUUAAUGGGGACCCUUACUGCAGUACUUAAGGUGAUUUUAAUGGGGAACCUUACUGCAGUACUUAAGGUGAUUUUAAUGGGGACCCUUACUGCAGUACUUAAGGUAAUGUACGGGGCAACCUUACUGCAGUACUUAAGGUAAUGUACGGGGCAACCUUACUGCAGUACUUAAGGUAAUGUACGGGGCAACCUUACUGCAGUACUUAAGGUAAUGUACGGGCAACCUUACUGCAGUACUUAAGGUAAUGUACGGGGCAACCUUACUGCAGUACUUAAGGUAAUGUACGGGGCAACCUUACUGCAGUACUUAAGGUAAUGUACGGGGCAACCUUACUGCAGUACUUAAGGUAAUGUACGGGGCAACCUUACUGCAGUACUUAAGGUAAUGUACGGGGCAACCUUACUGCAGUACUUAAGGUGAUUUUAAUGGGGACCCUUACUGCAGUACUUAAGGUGAUUUUAAUGGGGACCCUUACUGCAGUACUUAAGGUAAUGUACGGGGCAACCUUACUGCAGUACUUAAGGUAAUAGGAACUCAGUCAUGUGGAAGUAGUUACUGUACUUACUGUAAUACACUCCCUGUGUGCGUUCCAAAUGGCGCACCCUAUUCCUUAUAUAGUGCACUCACAUUUGUAUGGGCUCUGGUAAAAAACACUAGUGCACUAUAAAUGAAAUAGGUAGUCCCUUCGGGACACAGCCCAUAUUGCACUAGUCACUAUAAAAACUGUCGGACACUCCAUAUUGACCCCAGGGACCCAGAAUGCACCACUUCACAUCAGCUAUGUUAUUAAUUUAGUAAUGUAAAUCAGAAUAGUACACCAUAAAAAAGGAGUAGCGUUUUGAAGCAACACUAUCAAUGUACAGCAUAUGGAAAUAAACGCUGUUUACAGGGCUGGGAGUCAAAUCCAGUUUAAACUGUGGCUCUUGAAUGGAGAAUAAUCUCAUAGCCAAUUAUAUUCUAGAACGUUCUAAAUUCAGUUGGAAUUGACCCCAACUCUGUGAAGGGAUUUGUGGUCGUUUUGUUGUCCUGGGAUUUGUAGUCAUUGUGUUGUCUUGGGAUUUGUAGUUGUUGUGUUGUCUUGGGAUUGGUAGUCGUUGUGUUGUCCUGGGAUUUGUAGUCCAUUGUGUUGUCCUGGGAUUUGUAGUCCAUUGUGUUGUCCUGGGAUUUGUAGUCAUUGUGUUGUCCUGGGAUUGGUAGUCAUUCUACACAAGUGACUGUAUGUAUUGGACCAAAUACUGUAUGGUCUAGGGUUCUAUUCAAUCCCAAUCCCGGAAGUGCAGCGUGAUUGUUCCCGCGUGGGCGGAGACUGCAUUCCUGGUAAAUGAUGUCGGCUCCAUCAACAAAUUUACAUUCAGAGCGCGCAAUCUGUAUAAUGUCAAACGACACAUUGAAUAGAGCUCAUGUCUCACAAGAGACCUGUAAGUAAGUACACUGAACAAAAAUAUAAACGGUUUAAUAUACUGAACAAAAAUAUAAACGCAACAAUUUUAAAGAUUUUACUGAGUUCCAGUUCAUAGAAGGAAAUCAGUCAAUUGAAAUAAAUUCAUUAGGCCCUAAUCUAUGGAUUACACAGGACUGGGCAGGGGCACAGCCUUGUUUGGGCCUGGGAGGGCAUAGGCCCACCCACUGGGGAGCCAGGCCCAGCCACAAAAUAACUUUAUUUAAGACAAAUACUCCUCAGUUUCAUCAGCUGUCAGGGUGGAUGGUCUCAGACAUUCCUACAGGUGAAGAAGCCGGAUGUGGCGGUCCUUGGCUGGUUGGUUGGACGUACUGCCAAAUUCUCUAAAACGACGUUGGAGGCGGCUUAUGGUAGAGAAAUUAACAUUAAAUUCUCUGGCAACAGCUCUGGUGAAAGUUCCUGCAGUCAACAUGCCAAUUACACGCUCCAUUGUGUUGUGGGACGAAACGGCAUUUUAGAGUGGCCUUUUAUUGUCCCCAGCACAAGGUGCACCUGUGUAAUGAUCAUGCUGUUUUAAGCAGUUUAUUGAUAUGCCACACCUGGUCAGGUGGAUGGAUUAUCUCGGCAUUGGAGAAAUGCUCACUAAAAAUGGGGAUGUAAACAAAUUUGUGCACAAAAUUUGAGAGAGAAUCCUUUUUUGUAAGUAUGGAACAUUUCUGAGAUAUUUUAUUUCAACUCAUGAAUCCUGGGACACUUUACAUGUUUACGUUCAUAUUUUUUGUUCAGUAUAUUUAUUUAAUGGGUGUGUUUGAAAGGACUGUGUGUUUUGAAACCUAAUUAUUUUGUCAUGUACUGUGUUCGCUGACUAGUGAGAUUGGUUCACUUCUGAUAUGUACUCAUUUCUACUUUUGUACGUCAACCUCUGCUCCAAGAACAAUAGGAUUAUAAUAACAGAGUACUAACAAAUAUAUAUGUAUUUCACUAUUUGUUAUAUAUUAAAGUAUCGUAUACCAAGUGCCUUCUCAAGCUUUACACACACUGAGCUUUAAAAUAAUUUUUAAAUUCUAACGAAAAACUGCUGUAUUCAUUUGUGUACACGCUCGAGAUGUUUUUAGCGAAAUAAUUGAUAUCUUUGAUCGAGGAGCUGUAUUUGGUAUCAGAACCAGUCAAUCAAUAAAACAUGUCUGUAUUCUUC